AUGCCCCAAAGAUCAGAGCAUUACGAUAAUUUGAAGAAACAGCAGGAAAAGUCGACGACCAACGGUAACGGUGGCAGUAACAACAACAACAAUCACGUGCGUGUCGGUUACAGCAGCAAUUCGGUGGUUCCACUGAAACCGAAACCUCGCCCGGAUCAACAGGUUCCGGAAACGACAUCGGCACAGGCCGCACCAUCACCAACGCCACCACCGACGGGUGGCACUGCCAAUAACGGCAGCGGCGCUUCAUCGUCUGCCACGCUCGUGACGAUCGAGCUUCCGUGGAAUCCGAUCAUCAAAGCCGGAGCCCAGUCUCCAGCGGCCGCAUCGACAGCACCGACCUCGCUUUCGUCACUACCGGCUGUAACGGUUGGCGCGGGAACGGCCGCAGCCGGCCACGGCCAACAGCAGCACCAGCAGCAUCAACGCUCUUCCCCGGCACCUGUUCAACCGACGACCCCACUGCGUCCGGUGACCAGUGGUACGACGACGAUCGUUCUGACCGGUAGCGGCACGGUUCCACCGGCCACGAGCAGCGAUCGGUCGCUCAAGUGCCUCGAAACGCUAGCCGAAAAGGCGGGCAUCACUUUUGACGAUCAGUACGACUUCCUACCCACCGGCACGCUGGAGAAGUCCCAGAGCCCGGCCCAGGUGGCCCAGCAGACGUCGGUGCCGCUGCAACUGUCCCAGGAGCAGCUGUUCCAGUACCAGCAGCUCCAGGCGUACGGGGGCACGAUCCAGGUGAAGCAGGAGUACAACCCGGGCCCGACCGGGCAGCCGACCGGCGUCGACCAUCAGGCCCAGCAGCAGCACCAGCAGCAGCAACAGCAGCAAGCGGUCCAGCAGCAGCAGCAACAGCAACAGCAGCAAGCUGCGGCCGCCGUCCAGCAGAUGCAAGUGCUAGCCGAGGCAAGCGGGGUGACCACGCCACAGAGUCCGCACCAUGCCCAGACGCUACAGCAGCAAGCCGCCGCCCAGCAGCAACAAUCGGCAGCGGCGGCUGCCGCUGCCCUCAACACGAUGUCCCCGCUGCAGGCAAUGACGACCGGGCAGCAGCUUUCGUCCGCCGACUGGCAACACGGCCGGAUGGUCGUCCAGCAACCGAUCUCGAACGCGCAGUACCUGCAGCAACUGUACGGGACGCAACCGAUCGUGUUCCCACCGCUCGGUGGCCAGCAGCAGUUCCAGCUGAUCACGGCCGCGAAGCCGUUCCAGGGCACACCGCAAAUGCUGACCACGACCACGGGCAAGCAGGUGAUCGGUACGACCGGUGCCGGUAACUUCAACAGCCCAGCGUCCUUUACCUUCUUCUCGCCCCUGAGCGUGGUCAAUUCGCAGCCGCAAGCGCAAACACAAAACCUACUGCCGGCACUGAGUGCGCAAACAGCCGUAGCGACGGCUGCCGGCGGAGCGGGGACCAAAACCACCACACAGGCGGACGCCCAGAAGCAGCUACAGAAUGCGGUUGCCGCGGCAGCCGCUGCCGGAACGGGCGGUGGGCAGAAGGUGCAACUGCAGAAGCUGGGAACGGGCCUGGCGGGAAUGGCCGGAGCUGCCGGUCAGCAGAACAUUGCCACCCUGACGCAGCAGCAAGCGGCGGCGGCCGGUGCCGCUGCAGCCGCCGGGCAGCAGUGUGUCCAGGUGUCGCAGUCCCCCAUGCAAACGGCCCAACUGUUGAGCCCACUGCAGCAGCAGGGCGCACAGCAGAUGCAAUUCUCGACCCAGUGGCCUCUGCAGAGUCAGAUCUGGUCCACACCGAACGGGUUUGUCGCGUCGAACCCGAUCAUUAUCCGGGGCACCAAUCCGGACGGUACGCCGAACGUGUUCAUACAGAGCACUCCGCAAACACUGCAGCAAGCUCCGCAAACCCACAAUCAAGCACUUACACUGCCCUGCACCACCAUCGGUCAACCCCAGCCGCAGCAGCAGCAACAGCAGCAGCAAGUACAACAGGGACCAACGGCUGGCGGUACUCAGAACACGGGCCAACCGAACGUUCAGGGCGGGCAGGCGGGACAGAUCACGGUCGGUGCGGGCGGGGCACCCGGCAUGGGAACUGCUGGGUUGACCGUUACCUCACUGCCAAAUCAGAAAGCUCUCACCACGGCACUCGGUGCACCGAAGACACCCCAGCGGCCCCAGCUACUGCCACAGGGUGCGUCACCGAUUCGGCCCUCGGUAUCGACGCAGACGGCUCAAGCGCAGCAGAAUCUGCUUAACAAGAACAAGAUGCGCACCAAGCAACCGCUCGUACGGCCGGCUGGGCCAAUCAUCAAGACGGAGCUGGCCGCCAAUGUGUCGACGGGUCAGAAGCUCGGACAGACCACCAACCAAGGCACGGUGACCGCCCAGCCACAGCUGCAACAGGUGGUUACCAGCAGUGGAAAGAUGGUCUUGAUGAAUGCUGGUGCGACACUGAAUCCUGCCGUGCUUAACAUGCCCAUACUGAGCGAUGCCGGCAAGCAGCAGCAACACCAGCAGUUGCAGCUACAGCAACAAAUCAAAACGGCUCAGCAACAGCAACAGAAUGCGAACCAGCAGCCGCAACACAUUUUGCUCCAUCAGCAGCAGGCCAUGUUACAACAGCAAGUGAUGCAGCAACAGCAAGCGCAACAGCAACAAGCACAACAGGCUGCCCAGCAGCAGCAGAUGCAGCAACUGCAGCAACAAUUCCUUCAGCAAGCUGCCGCAGCCGGCCAAGCGAGUCAAACGACAGCUCAACUUCUGUCCAAUGCGGCCCAGCAGGGCCAACUGGUGCAGGCUACAUCCGCCGGUGGACCGCAACAGAACAACAUCGUCCACCAGCUGCUCUUCCAGCAGGGACAACCCAAUCAACCGGGGAUGAUGAUCAACGUGUCGUCCGAUGCGUUGUUACAGCAGCAACAGCAGCAACAACAACAGCAGCAACAACAGCAGCAGCAGCAACAACAUCAGCAACAGCAACAGCAACAGCAGCAGCAGCAAAAUGCCACUCUACAGCAAAUGGCGGCGGCCGGUCAGCAGACGGGCGGAGCUAAGGGUCCAAUGAUCAUGACGGCAGCGCUCGGUCAGCACGGCGGUGACCGUGCAACGAUUGUUUCCCAGAGUGGUCAAACGCUUCAUCUCGAUCGUAACCUGCUGCCGGUGUCGAUCGCCAGCAUGGCCGGUAGCCCGAUCGUGGUCACCAGCAACGGUACCACCAUUUCGCCCAUCCAUCAGGCCAACCAAAGCAACACCGCCGGCGGAGCUCUCCAUGCCGGGCAGCAUCACUCACAGAUUCUCGUCUCCUCAAUGCCCAGCUCGGUGCACCAGGGUCAGAAUCCGAUCGUGGCCAUGACAUCGCUUUCCGCCGGUCCCAUGCCGGUCGCGUCGAUCAUCAGCUCCGGUGCGAUCCCUUCGAUCUCGUCGAGCGCCACAACGACGACCGCUUCGCUCGGCGGCCAUCCGCAAGCGACGCUCAUUUCGUCCGCGGGGGGAACCACAAACACCGGUGGGCUGAAGGACAACGACACGAAGGCGAUCAGUGUGGCGAUGCACCAGCUGCAGCAGCUGUCUACGCCCCAGAAACAGCUACAACAGCAACAGCUACUGGAUAGCAUGAAUGCGGCAAACAUGCAGAACGCAUAUGCUUCGGCCAUCGGUUCACCGAUGGGGGCCACCGGCGCAACGGUAGGAGGCGGUGGUACUUCGGCGAUGGUUGGUGGUACCAUUAUUCCCGUGUCGGCUGCCGCCGCUGGCACAAUGGCACUGAUGACGUCGUCGCCGGGUGGUAAAAUUCUCACCUCGAUGGCAUCGAUUGGUGGCGGGUCGCAGCAGCAAACCCAUCACGUGUCCACGGCGGGAGGUGCCUCCUCAGCUGGCAAGCUGGCAAUGUUCCAAUCACCAACGGCACAGCAGACUGCUCAGGCCAUUAACGCAGCUGCUGCUGCGGAUUCGAAAGACAAGACAGCGACCAGUGACGGGGCCAGUAGUGGAAAAGAUUCCGACACCGCGAUGUCGGCAGCAGCUGCGACGGACGGUACUUCCGAUGCGCAAUUAAAUGGCUCCACGGCGAUGGAUAGUUCGGCGACACCAUCCACGAACGGCGGAAGCGCGGGUAUGCUGACGACGGCCGGUGGUCUUCCACCACCGAGCGGUGGGACGGUGGCAAUAUCGACGUCAGCCGCGUCGUUGGUGCCAGCGUCGUCCUUCUCUUCGCUGCCGGGAGUGGCCACGCUGAGCAACGUGUCGGCGUCGGGUUCGUCGCUUGCCGCAGAUCAGCUAAAGGAAGGAGCCGUGGCAACGUCGGUCAGUUCCUCGGUGGCCACGGCAACCAGUAGUAGCAGUCCGGUCAGUACGACUAUGACGAGCGGCGCAGCAUCGACCGCGAUCGCUACCGUCACGGGAACGUUGGCCGUUCCGGUGAGCAAUAUCGGUGCGAAUGGUGUCCUGUCGACUGGUGGUGCCGUCACAACGGUCACCACCGCAUCUUCGACCGCCACCAGCACGACAUCUUCCGUGACGACGCAAUCGACGUCCUCCUCGAUGGGAUUGCCACCACCGACGCCGACGAAAGCCGGUGCCACCACGGACAAGGGAGGCAUCCCGAAGGCCACCAUCAAACCGAACGUCCUGACGCACGUCAUCGAGGGCUACGUGAUACAGGAAGCGAACGAACCGUUUGCCGUGCAGCGCCAGCGCUAUCCGGAACGUGACAGUUCCGAUGAACCAGCGAAAAAACGUUCCACAAACGAAUCGAACUCGCCACUGGCGUCAUUGAAUGCCACCGGUGGUAGUCCAGCCACUGCUCCCGGUGGGGACACCGCCAACUGUGAGGUGUGCGGUAAGCAGGAACUGCGCAACAAAAUGAAACGGAAACGUUUCUGCAGCGUGUCCUGUGCCCGUUCGGCCAAACAGAACUCGACGGAACGAAUCUCGACGCCACCGGUGCAGAACGGUAACGCUGCUGUUCCGAUGGUGGUCGAUCCACCGCCAGUAAUGAACGGAGGCCUAACGCUUCCAGCGCCGUCGGCCGCAUCGAUCGAUACGGUUGGGCUUACCGGUCCACAGUUGGCCAUGUUGAACACAGCGCAGCCCACGGUGCGGCUCGAUAUGUUGAAGGAUUCUUUGGUGCUCCCGGCCACCGGUGCCCUGCUGCUACAACAGCAGCAACAAUCUGCCCUGCUAACGACGAGUAGUGCGAUGGCGACAACGCCGCCAGUGGGCGGAAUGCUGCUGGCCGAUGCCGCUAAUGCCCCAGCGGGGGCAACAACUCCGACACCGACCGGGUUGGCGGCAGCCGCUGCCGCUGCAGCCGCCGCGAACGCUGAAGAAGGGUCCUCCAUUCUGCGCUGGACCGUGCAGGACGUGUACGAGUUUAUCCGAGGACUGCCCGGCUGCGCUGAUUAUGCCGAGGACUUUGUAAACCAGGAAAUCGACGGCCAGGCGUUGCUGCUGCUAAAGGAGAACCAUCUCGUGAGCACGAUGGACAUGAAGCUUGGGCCGGCGCUCAAGAUUGUGGCUCGGGUGAAUCUGAUGAAGACGACCAUACCGGAGCAACCACCGUCGUAGAUCGUUCAAUGGCCACCACCGUAAUCGAUAAGUUGUACAUAGCGCAGGGUAGCGAAAGAGGAUAUUGUUGUGUGUAGUAGGGCUAUUAUAGUUAUUAUUUGUGCGAACGAAAUGGCCUCUCUCUGGCCAGGCACUCGUAGGUUAUUUAUUAUAUUAUGCUUAAUCGUUAUUAACCCACAGCAAGUGGGUUGUCGGCGGGAACUGAAAGUGUACGCGGUAGUGCGCUGGCCGAUUGUGAGGGACACACCUCGUGAUCGACUCACGACAAUAUAUUCGCUGUAAGAUAUCGGGGGAGAGGACACAGCCCUAUGUUGGCGUGUUGUCGCAAGAUUUCUCUCACUGUGGGGCAACCUGCAGCAACAGGACGUAGGAUUCUAGGGAACAAAACUCACGCGUCAAUGCGAAUGACCACAGAAAUGCAGCGAAGGACGUCAAACCGAAUCAUACUAUAAAAAGCGUUUAUUUUGAUAUGAGAGAAAAUUUUUCAUUUGUCUAGUGCAACCUACGAAUCAUCCUAUUUGAUAAAAGAAAGUAAUCGUAACACGUUGAACCAGCGAACGGAUGAGAAGCAUAUGUGGCGCAGGCUCUUCUGCUGUGUAAAUAGUAGUGCGUAAGUAAGGAGGACUAUUCAAGGAACUGAAACAAAUAGUAGUAGUGCGCUAGGUGAGAGGCAACCCUGAACGCUUGUAGAGCGAAACUCUCAACAAGCAGUGGUGUGCGUCCUUUUCAUGUACAAUAUAGUGGGUAAGAGGAAGCGUAAAAUGCAAAUUAAUAUAAGCUCAUACACCAGCGGAACACGCUUAUCGCGCGAAGCGAACGAGAACUCAAACUUGUUCGUUACAAACUAAAACAGAAAGAAACUCAGUGUCUUCUUUCGUUUGUAGUGCAUUUAUGUAUGACACAGUGGACACAUCAGUGGCAGCUGGCGAGGACAUUAUUAGUGUGCAAAUAUUAGGCCGUCUGGUGGCGGGGGAAGCGUUUUAGUUCAAUGCGAAACCGAACGUGUUUUAUCUGCCGUUUCAUUUCUUAUGUUUUGGUAUAAAUAAAUA